UGGAUAAAGCAGUAACAUUUCCUGAGCUCUUCUGCCUCAUUUGUAUUAUUAGAGCCAGGGAAUCCACCCCCCAGGGCUGGAUGAACGUCUGUCACCACCAUGGCUUAUGCUGAAACUGCAGCAAUUGAGAUGCCAGCCCUGGGCCGCCCUCUCCGGCUGGGGAUGCUGUACGACUGCCGCAGUGACAAGCUCAUACCAGGUAUCACUUUAUGGAACACUGAUACCCUUAGCAAACAAGUGGGGACAACGAUGCAGCACAAGACUGAAUUUCAAAUAAUUGCAUCUGACACCAUGGAAAAUAAGGCCUCUGCUCUCAGUCUCUCAGGAUCCCUGAAGGCGAGUUUCCUGGGGGGCCUGGUAGAAGUGAAUGGAUCUGCAGCAUUUUUAAAUGAUACCAAGAAAUCCAAAAAUCAAGCCCGGGUUACAUUACAAUAUUCAACAACAACCAAGUUUGAGCAGCUGGCCAUAAGCCAUUCAGAGUGCCAGAAUAUCUCUUAUCCUGCUGUUUAUGACCAAAAUGCAGCAACCCAUAUGGUCACGGCUGUGCUGUACGGGGCUCAGGCUUUCUUUGUGUUUGAUCGGGAAGUUUCUUCAACUGAGAGUGUAGAAGAGAUACAGGGAAACAUGAAACUUAUGAUAGAAAAAUUACCAAAGAUUUCUGGAGAAGGAAAGGGGUCUAUGAAAAAGGAGACCAAGAAAGAAGAAAAGACUGAAAACUUCAGUUGUACGUUCUAUGGUGAUUUUGCUCUUGAGAACAAUCCAGUUACUUGUCUAGAUGCCAUGGAAAUUUAUUCCACCCUCCCGAAGCUGCUGGGUGACAACGAGGAGAAGGCCGUACCAGUGAGAGUCUGGCUGUACCCAUUGCAGCUGCUGGAUUCCAAAGCUGCUCAGCUGGUGCGUGAGAUCAGUAUAACACUGAUCUUUGAUGCUCAAAAAGCCUUGGAGCAACUGACCGAACUGGACAUGCGAUGCAAUGACAUGAUGAAAAAUUCAAUUGCCGCAACCUUCCCUGAAAUCAAAAAGAAAAUCCAGCAAUUCAAAGAACUGUGUCAGCAACACAGACAGACUUUCCAGCAACAACUAGCAAGAAUCUUACCUGCUAUCCGUGGAGGUGGAGCAGAGGAAGGGGCCCUGGUGGACAUUUUAAAAAGCAAAGAACAAUCACCCUUCAACACACUGAGACUCAAUGAAUUUCUGGAUACAAAGGAGCGAGAGAUGAAUUUAGUGGAUUCCUACCUUGCUAGGCUACAGAAUGUGAAAGUCAUGUCCUCCGAGAGUGAACUAGAAAAAAUAGUACUCAGCCCUGAGCAUGACUUUGUUGUGUCUUUCACACUUACUUCAUUACACAACAAAGAACCAUAUUUAUCAGAUUUGAACUUUUGGCUUCAAAGACAGUUUCUGGAGAAAAUUCAAGAAUCAGCAUCAGCCAGUUCUCCCUAUGAGAAAUCAAACUCCAAACAGUGGUUUGUGGGUGAAGAGAUAAAAAGAAAAGCACUAAAAUUCGCAAAGUCCUUCUUAGACUUUACCAGUGUCAAUAAAUCUCAAGAAAAGACCCGGUUCAUUGUGGCCUCUGUUCCAGAUGAGGAGCAUCCAGGAGCUUCAAUUUAUCUGUAUGCAGAUGGAGAGCUGGUCAGCACCAACUUUGAGCCUCCAUCAAAACCUUUUCCUCCCCUGAUUGGUGGAACUAAGCAUGACCGUGUGCAGUUCACAUUUAUCCCAGCAGCCUAUGGCAGGGCUGCGAUAUCCGGCUAUCGGGCAGAGUACAGAAUUGUAGGGCAGGAGAACUGGGCGGCUGUGGAUGUAAAUAACACACAAGAGACAUUUACAGUAACAGGUCUAUGUCCAAACACCGAGUACCAGUUCCGAUACGCUGCAGUGAGCAAACCAGGGCUCAGCGAGAGCAGCGACGUGAGUGAUCCCGUGAAGACCCUCCCUCCUACCAGCCCGCCUGGGAAGCCUGGAAAAAAUACUGUAGAUUCAUCAGCCAUCACGCUCACCUGGGAGUGUCCAACUGUGGUUGGAGAAGGAGUCAGUAUAAGCGAGUAUAAGGUGGAAUAUAAAGAGACGACAGGAGAUACGAGUCGGGAGGGGAAAGGCAAAUGGCUGGAACGAAGGACAGGAGAGAGAACAGAGUCCUGUAACAUUGAUGGACUGAGGCCUGAAAUGCCCUACAGAUUCCGAGUGUCGGCUGUGUGUGCGGACGGAGCUGUGAGUGCCCCAAGUGAAGAGACUUCUAUCUCAACGCUAAAGAAAGUUAAACAUUUAAGUAAAUCUGUGUAUUAUCCCCUGAACUACAGCCCUCUAGUGCCUGGAGCUACUGGAUCAGACCACGCCGCCGGCACCGAGUCGCUCCACGUCUGCGGCACCGCCGGCGAAGAAGGCGGUGACGAAGCCUCCAGGGACCCAGCGCAGAGUCCCAGAGGCGUCGAUAUCUCGACCACCGCCAUCACCACCACCAGCUAUUCCGGUGGAGUCAGAGGGCCCCCCCGAACCCCCAGCGCACCAUGCAGUGGACCCCUCUUCGGCAGAGGUCGUCCAGGAGUUAUCCUCCGCAUCCUCACCCGAUGA